AUGAAACAAAAGUGCCCUACAUAUCUCAAGUGCAUUGGGAAGAGCAAGGCACUUACUGAUACCUUGAGCAACACCAAGCUUGAGGAUGAUUCUGAUAAUGAGGAUGAUGGAAUCCUGAAUACCUUCAUUGCCACUGUAAAUCCUACUGAGGGGAUUGUUAAAGAUGGAGAUGAUGAAGAAGACUUGGUGGAUUCUAAGUUUGAGAAAAUGGAUGAUCAAGAUGAUAUCCAUACGGCCUAUGAAAAGUUGUAUAAGGUUCUCCUUUGUGGAUUCGUAGAGUCUCCCUCUCCUUCUCUGAACGCACCUGAGGACGAGGACGAUGAUAGUGACUUCGACGACGAUGAUGAUGAUGAGAAUGAGGAUGCUAGCUCUUCCGGUAACGAUGAGAUGACUGCUUGA